AUGACGGAAGAUUCAAAAACUCACUGGGCAGAUUUGUUUUCAAAAUGGGGCAGUAAACUUCCUGGUCUGUCUGAGGAGGAAACUGAAGAAUUCCAGACUGCCAUCAAAGCUGGGAAUUUAUCAAAAGCCAUUUCUGUGGUGAAAAAGUCUGAUGAGUUGCUAAGAAAUACCAAACUCAAGAUCGCCAUCACAGGGAACACGGGCUCUGGGAAGUCGUCUUUCAUCAAUGCCAUAAGAAGCUUGAAUGAUGAUGACAGAGGCGCAGCUGAGACUGGGGUGGUAGAAACAACACAGAAGCAAACUUCUUACCCCUAUCCCAUGUACUCAAAUGUGAUUGUGUGGGAUCUACCUGGGAUUGGAUCACCAAAGUAUCCAGCAGAAACAUAUGUAAAAGACAUGAACCUUGAUCAAUAUGACUUCUUCAUCAUCAUCGCAGCCGGGCGCUUCACAGAAGCUGAUACCAAACUUGCCAAAGAAAUCAACAGGAUGGGGAAGAAGUUUUACUUUGUCCGGUCCAAGGUGGAUAUCGACUUGAAUAAUGAACAAGAAAAAAGAGAUUUCACAGAGGAGAAAACUCUACAGGCAAUCAGAAAUAACUGCAUGGGGCACUUGCAAGAAGCAGGGAUCAUCUCCCCACAGGUUUUCCUGGUGUCGAGAAGGGACUUUCACAAGUACGAUUCUCCCCAACUGCAGAAGACUUUUGCGAAUGCCCUCAACACUCACAAGAGACAUGUUCUCAUCUGUGCCCUGCCCAGCACCUCCGAAGAAAUCUUGGAAGAGAAACAGAAGGCCCUGCAGGAACAAAUCUGGAAACAAGCCCUGUGGUCGUGCCUUAUCGCUGCUGUUCCUCUCCCAUUUCUCUCGGUUAAGUGCGAUGUUGACAUCUUGGUGGAGAACAUGAGGGAGUAUUGCAAGUCCUUUGGCCUGGAUGAUGAUUCACUCAAAUCACUCGCUAGGCAUGUUGGGAAGUCUGUUGAUGAGCUGAAGUCUGAGAUAAAGUCCCCUCUGGUCAAAGAUAUAACAAGAGAAGAGGCUUUGAAGCGGCUCAGAGAGGCUACAGGGGAACGUAUGAUGACAGUUAAAUAUUUUAUCAGUGUGAUACCGCUGAUUGGCACUGGGAUAGCAGCAAAGAGAGCUUACAGUGUCACCUAUGAAGUGCUACAUACAUUUUUGGAUGAAGUUGCAGAAGAUGCUCUACGAGUCCUGAAAAAGGCUUUGGAGGGAGCAGAGAAUAACCAAUAA